AUGGAGGUCGAGGCGGUGCGUUCGUACUUGGCGGAGCACCAUGUCGAAGACCUCAUUCUGGAGCUGACGGAGUCUCUGCUAAAGGAUAAGCCCAUGCAACCUAAAAAAUUUUUGUUGGGCAAGCUGGAAGAAGAAAUCGGCGACGGAGUUUCAAGACGAGAACAGUCAAUAAGUGUAAGGCUGAAAUAAACUUAGAGUUUCAGCCCGUCAAGCGCUGCACUAUUCUUACUGAUUCUCAUAUUUCACUGUAACAGCUAAAACUACAAACUAAUGGUUGUUCCUUUUUGUUGUUUUAUACUUCUCAGUAGGUGGGUUUACUUCUUAGUACGAACAGUUGUAAACGAGAACACAACGUACUAUCUCUCCGAUGACUAGAAGACUACUCCUACUACUGUGACGUCCUUCUAAGGUAUCCACGUCUAUUAAAUGAAACAACCGGUUAGUUUUUACCUCUAAAACUUAGGCUUAUCCCAUGCAACAACAGACUAUUAUUGUGACGACUCCUCUCCAUCUACUACGUCUAAUAAUGUGCGACUCUUGUAGAGUAGUAGAUGUGGAAGUGGAAGCAGUAUAAUGCCAACCUCUCUACUCCAACUCUACGUAGAAGUCCUCUCCACCUAGCAGGAGCCUCUAAUAUUCCUAGGAUCGGCCGCUGCGGGAGGUCUAGUUCCUGCAAUGCGUCAUUCGAGUGGCGGGAUGGACGUCAGUUCGGAGCAUUUGAAACGGUAUUUCUAUUUCUCUACUUAGUAUUCGAAAACCAAAAAUGCGCAAGAUCGGUCCAGUUGCAGCACGGUUGCAUCGCACCUUUCCUCGAUGGGCUUCGGCAGGCAGCAACUACUGGGACACACACUGCGUCUGUCAGCUUCAUUAAGAACUUCGUUGCUCUAACUUACAGUUGCUCUCUUCGAUCACGUUACUCGGUUAUUUCAGUUUAUCAAAUAUUUAGAAGCUAGCUUGCUAGAGCUUCUAGGUAAUCCGGCUCCUUACAUUUAGCUUAGACAACUUAGUAGAAAGAACAAGGUCAAGUUGAGUCUGGUUUUUUCCUGACAUCGCUUCCCCAGAAAUCCAUCCUUACGCAACUUCCACAGCCUUUUCGAAUCUACGCGAUCGAUUACAGCGGAAAUUGUGCCGAAGGAGACGAUCAACAUUAUCAUUCGGGAAACUGCGAAGCUCCUCAACUGUGAUCGUGGUAUGGCUCCAGAUCAUGCCUGUUUUUUUUUAUUCAUAGUCAUAGAUAGUACCUUCUUCAACAAUCUCAAUCUCAUAGUAUGUCAACAGUACCUAGAUAGUACCUUCUUCAACUCAAUCUCAAGUAUGUCAAUAGCAACAUCCUCACAGCCUCUUCAUCUAAUCUGCUGUCCCUUUUCGUAUACAACCCGAAGAUCAAGAUGCUCAUACUGACUGCGUCAAAUCUCGCCAAACCGAUCCGGGUCCAACCUGGACAAGGUAUCGCGGGACAUGUCUUCGAGACACAGGUAGGUUUCUCCCAUUAAACAAAGUACUCAAGUUCGCUGUAGUAUGAGAAAAGAGAAUAUUCUGCUACUUCUCCACCAGUAUGGCUUCACCACUAGUAUGAGAACAGAGAAUUGACUCUCAAAUUCUUCCUCUCCUCCAAUCAUGACUAAGAAUUAUCACGUGCAAGAGCGAUGAUCAUGAUGUCCUGGCUACAACAACUUUUUCCAUCAUGCUUUGUUGAGCACCGCUUCGUCGAGGACAGUUCAAGUCGUCGUAGAAGAACUACAUCUCAAUGAACUACAACUACGAGCAUGAGUAAAACAACCGGUUCGUUUUCCCUCUAUAAUCUUAGGCUUAUUCCUUCAUGCAGCAAUACAACGCACUUAACACAGGAAACGGUGAGCAUCCCGGAUUGCUACCAGGAUCCUAGGUUCGAUCCUGGGUUUGAUAAAUUGACGGGCUACCACACCAAGAGUUUACUAGUCAUGCCCAUUGUAGACUUUGAGUUAAGGACUUGGAGUGAAUUACACCUUCCUGUCGUCAUCCUCAACUGAUUUUUCCAAUGGGAAAGAAGUCAAGCGGAUCAUGUUUUGAGGAAUAUAAAUGUCUAUUUCUGUAGUUGUAACGACAUCUAAUUGGAAACGAAACAGUUGGGGUCUUACAGGCAAUCAACAAGCUGAAGACAACGGCUGCGAGACCAGCCGAAUCGAAAGAGAAAGAGGAGAAUAGUACUGCAGAAAAUCCGGAGGGAGCUAGCAUUAUGGUUCGUUUGGUUGUGGAAGUCUAGUUGCAGAAGGGUAUGUGCUCAUACUUGGAAAGAGAAACAUCACCUAGGAACAGCUGAGAGCUGAAAGCUUCACAACCUCCUCAACAAGAUCGUUAAAUCAAUGCCUUACACUCUUUGGCUUUAAAUUUAUUUUGUGAAUGUCCUAAACGGUGGGUCUGCUCGUUACGCUAGACGUAGAACACGGAGAGUUCUUCCAGGUCUCACUGUCUAAACCUACAACCUCUAGUAAGGAGCAGCAGUCUGGAAACCAAGAUGCGACUACCAGAACGUCUUUUAGUCCAAUUGACGAGCUGUUAUUGGGUCAUUUGACACAACAUGCUGGGAUUGCUUUGAGGAAUGCUGAAGUGUUAUGACAAGAAUACAUACAGUAAAAUCAGCUACCAAGAACUGUUGCAUUAAAUGCUUCAGAACUUUUUUCAGUCUAGCACACCUUUCAAGUAGAAUGAUCGGAGCACCAUAUUUACAGAGAUCCUCGGAGAAGUCGAACCACUAUUACAAGUGCCAUUCAUAUUCUAAUCCCUUACCGAGAUGCUAUUGUGGCUUCAGAACGAGCAAAUGGCUUGUUGCACGUAAUCCAAGCUCUGUCGCAGGAUUUGGGAACACAGUCAACGAUUUUGACCAGUACUAUCUUCAGUUUCUUCUUCGCUAUUUACUUGUCUCUUCCUCAAUAUCCUUUCUCGAUGAAGCGUGAAGAAACAUUAUUGUAGUUUCCAUCUUCCCUACCCAUCAAGAAGCAUUGUAAUUCCUAUCUUCCCUAUCCCGCCACUAGAACAUCAAUAAUUAAUAUAUGAACAACACCAGUUACCAUGCAUGCUUCGGAAUUAGUGCAAGCGGAUAGAUGUACAGUCUUUCUAGUCGACGAAGGGAAGGACCAGCUGUGGAGCGUGAGUUCGGAUCGAGAAAUACGCAUUCCAAAAAGCUCAGGGAUAGCAGGUGAAUGCGCAACUGGAGGACCUGAAGCUACGCAGGGGAGGUUAGUAGAGGUUUCUUUCUCAGUAGUUUAUUUUCACCUCUAAACUCUCUGCGCCCACCGCUGCUGGUGCGUCGAACUUCCAUCGAAAAACUUGUAAUUGUUGUAAUUGUAAUCCCUUCAUGCAGUCAAGUAGAGAUGGUCCGACGGACUCUUAAACGAGGUGCUAACUGCGUACGACAAUGAACACCUCUAACAACUGCAGAGGCAUCGUGAUCAAUAUCCCGGAUGCCUAUGAGGAUGCGCGAUUUAACCAGCAGAUUGAUCAGAAAACCGGAUACCACACGCAAUCCAUGCUUUGCGUGCCCAUACGUAAUAGCACGGAAACGAAGGCACUUCUACAUUUCUUUGCUGGUUUGAUGUAUGUUAAGAUGGUCGCAUUCGUUUUUAUUUGUUUUCAAGAAACAGCCCUCAUUACUUAUUUUUACUUCUGUAGUUAUUGGUGUCAUAACUGUGUCAGGUCAUUGCUUAGAUCGUGUGUCAGGUCAUUACUUAGAUCGUGUGUCAGGUCAUUACUUAGAUUGUAAGAUCGUGUCAACAACAGUGAUCAUUGGUGUAACCUCCACGCCCAGGUAAUCGGUGUGAUCCAGAUGAUCAACAAGAUUGAGAUUGAUCAGGAAAUCGGCAUCUUCCUGGACGAGGACUGCGAAGUGCUGGAAACAUUCGCUAAAUUCGUGGGUGAGAAACUGCAAGUGAGCUCUCUGCUAUCCAGCACAACGCCGAAGAAUAAUUAUGGAAUUAUUAUCCACCUAGAAUAGGUGCUACUCCGUACAGUUGGUAACUGUACAAUGGGUAGUACAACGUGAUCAUACUUUAAGUAAAUGAUAACCUAUUACUGCCUGUAAUUCUUGGCUCUUAUCUCCUGCUUACCAGUUAUUACCCUUUUCUCUUUUCUAUCUUCCUCCGGUCUUUCUUUUUUCUAGUUUGUUAGGUCUGCUUCACCACGAUUAUGGAAAGAUGGGAAUCAUGACUGAGUAUGUUGAGCUACAGCUAGAUAGGUCUGACUUUUUCUUUUAUUUCACAGAGAAUUCCUCUGGUGCCUCAAUGCAGAAGAGGUUUGAUUACUCUGAUCGCAAUCAUACUUACAGACUCGUUAUUCUGCUCUUCCCUCCAUCCCCUUCUCCCUCCCUCCUUGCGUCUUGAUAUCCCUCUCUAACUCCAAGGAUUAGCGAAAGGACUAGGGAGUGGCGGAAUGGCUGAGAUGCCUCACUCAGCGGAGGCGGAACGGAUUCCUAGGCGUUCCUCUGGCCGUACAAACUGCGGACCUAUAAUCACGGAAGAAGAAGCAGAAGAAGGGGAGAUGGAUGAAGGGUGAGAGGUCGGGUGGUUGCAGGAUGAAAAUUACGUUGGGCAGAAAAACUCUUCAUUCUAUGUGGAAAUUGACAACGAAUUUAACACUCUGUGUUAUUUUUUUCAUGGUUACGUCGACUUCUCUUGGUACGCAUCGCUGAUGUUGCUAUUUGCUGCCGGCUUUAUUUACUUGGUACGCUGUCGUUAAUGAAUUCCAUGCUCUAUGAUGUUCGCCGCGAUAGACCAGGAUUUCUUACCAUGGUAGACUACCACGAUGCUGAUUCAUCUGCAAGUGUCCUCCUAAAGCGCAAGAAAGUGACCUUGCAAUGGACAGUACUAGAAAUAGCAACAGAAAAAGUACAUCGGCUAUAAUUGCAACUUUGAUCCUGAAUCUUCUGGUUGCACAAGCCUCAAGAACAACUAAUUUUUGUGUCUUUCGCGAAUGUCGCAGAUUGCUGUGGUGACGAGGGUUACUUGAGGAGGGUAUAAUGUUGAUAAGUUUCUUCCGUUUUGCUGGGUACAGUCACUGGCACUGGCUGCCGCGCCGCUGGUUCAC